AUUUAAUUUACAGGCACACGGCUUAGAAAGGGUACUUGCGCACUGUAACAAGGUUAAAUCGUAAUUCUUUUGUUUUUAAUUUUAAAGCAGCGAAAAUUUUAGUCGUAUUUUUAGUGCUGGAAUGAAAAUGGAUUUAGCCCCAUUAAAUAAGGCCCAUCAGUUGGAACGGCGCGCGGAAUCGUUGAACAAGCAAAAACGGUUCGACGAAUGCAUCGAGUGCCACAAAAACAUAGUCAAGCUUCUUGGCGAAUGUUGCAAAUUAACAAAAAAUCCUUUGGCGUUAGAAUCUAUCCGCCUUCAAAAAGAAUUUAACGAAAGGCAAAUAAAAACCAUGCAACUGAAGAAAUCUUAUCUGAAACGUUCUGAAAAUGAAAAAAAGCAGACUGUUUCCAAAAACAAUUUAAUGAAUGUAGAUGAAAACUUGGAAACAAAAAUAUUCCGUACGAUCGAGACCCACGACUCUCUGAUUUGUUAUUUGGGCCAAAAAGGUAUCAUAACGUCGGGUGCCAAUAACAUUUGUGGCAACAAAACCGAAAAGGAAGAAAAAGAGUCAUCACCUCCCAUUUUUGGUAACAAACACCCCAAAGAUGACUCCACAGUCAUAGAGGAACUGAAACUUCUCAGUGGUCAGCUGAGAGAGUCUGUGCAAGGCCUAUUGGUGCAGCUAGAUGACAGAAACAAGGAAAUUGAGAAGCUGAAAAAGAAGAUAAGGACACUGGAGGUUGAAAAAUGCAAAGAUAAUUCAAGGAAUUCGCUGGAUUUGAAGAUCGUGACAGACUCCAGCGGUGGCACUUCUCCCUUAAUUUUUUCUCCCUGUAGUGAACGCAGCCCUGAUAUUACUGAUUUGAGGAGUUUACCUCCCUUAGAACCUUUGGAGAUGCCCAAUUUCAACUUUACCAACUUGAAGCAACUGGGAAGCCCCAAUUGAUUUUGUGUAUCCG